CAACACAACAUUACCGCUCCUCAAAACAUGCCUACGCCGAGAGAAGACGACAACUUGGACCGCCGACGCCGGCGGUCGUCCAACUCUCAGAGUCCUGACCGCGACCGCGAUCGUGACAGUCGCAGACGGCGGCACCGUCACGACGAUUACGACUAUGACAACAGCUCACGCAGACACCAUCAGAGCUCUCAUAAGGGUGGUCCUAGAAGGCGCUCAUCGCGCAGCCCUUCCAGUCGAAUAAGCCAUCGGAAGGAAUACGAACGCCGAGAUCCUGAGCGCUCAGGGCGAACGGAUGCAGACGAGGACCGGCGACGGCUACACCAUUCGCCAGAUCUUCCAGAUCGCAGACAUCGAGACCGUGAUCAAGACCGUGAUCGAGAACGCGAUCGGGCCCGCGAGCGUGAUCGCUAUCGCGAACAUAGCCACAGACACUCGCGGCAACACCGAAUUCGCUCAAAGUCGCGAUCUCGCUCGCCCAAACGACACUCAAGAACCCCUUCGCGCUCUCGCGCUCCUGCCCGCCCGAAAGCACCCCUCCCCUCACAAAAAGACGCCUACAACACCGAAGUUACCGGCGAAGGUCCGCCGCCGGAGAAAGAGAAACCAAAUUUCGCAAACACGGGCCGUCUCGCCGCAGAAUCUAACGCUGUAACUGUCAACGGCGACACCGUCGUUCUGAAAUACCACGAACCCCCCGAGGCGCGCAAGCCGCCGCCUAAAGAAUCCUGGCGCCUCUACGUCUUCAAGGGUGAGGAUCUGCUGGAAAUGGUGGAGCUGAACGAGCGAAGUUGCUGGCUUAUCGGUCGUGAGCGGUUAGUCGUUGACUUCCCGCUUGACCAUCCUAGCUGCUCGAAGCAGCAUGCGGCUAUACAGUUCCGGUUUGUGGAGAAACGAAAUGAGUUUGGAGAUCGGGUUGGGAAAGUUAAGCCAUAUCUUAUUGACUUAGAGAGCGCGAAUGGAUCAACUGUUAAUGGGGAUCCAGCUCCGCCAGGACGGUAUAUGGAAUUGCGGGAUAAAGAUAUGCUGAAGUUUGGAAAUAGUUCUCGAGAGUACGUUCUCAUGCUGGACAAGCCGAACACAUAA